AAUUUUUCGUGUGAACCGCACGUCAUGUCGAGCACCGUUAAGAGCCUCAAAGUCACCUAUAACCCGAUUAAUGAAAAUAACACUUUCACCAGCGGGGACUGUGUUUCGGGUCUGGUCACGCUGGAAGUGGCCAAAGACUGCCAAAUAGAGUCAUUCGUAGUUAAAUGCAAGGGGAAAGCCGAAGUUUUGUGGACCGAGAGGCAUGGUAAUACUACUGUCGUGUACCACUCCAAGGACAAGUACUUCAGCAUUAAACACUACUUCAUCCGAGGCAAAAAUGUCAAAGAUGAUGACAACCAAACACUGCUGAAUGGAGACACAUACAGCAGUGUUGUUGCCCCAGGAUGCCAUGUUUACCCAUUCACCUUUCAGAUCCCUUUUCAGGACAUGCCCUCCUCAUUCACUGGCUCUGUGGGUAAAAUUGUGUACUCGCUGGAAGCCAGGCUGGGCAGAUCCAUGAGGAUUGACAGCAAAGAUUCAACCAAGCUCAACUUUGUGACAAAAGCCGACCUGACCAGUGACCCUGGGCUAAUGACACCACAGCACGAGUCCAAGGAUAAGAAAAUGAAACUCUUCACCUCAGGAACAGUCGCCAUGGAUGUGAAUCUGGAAAAAACAGGUUUCUUCCAAGGAGAGGGAUUGAAGGUUCUGGCCUGCAUUCAGAACAACUCGUCUCGUGAGAUCAAGCCCAAGUACUGUGUGUACAGAAAGCACAGCUUCUUCGCACGAGGGAAGAGGAGGGUCUGCACUAAAGACCUCUUAAAAGAAGUGGGAGAGCCCAUCCCUCCUAAUGCUGAUGAAAAAGUCACGAGAGUCAUCACCAUCCCUCAUGAUAUGGAGCCCUCCAUCCUCAGCUGCAGCAACAUCAAAGUGGAGUACAGACUCAGGGUCUACCUCGAUGUCAAGUAUGCCUCAGACCCACAGAUCAAAUUUCCCAUCGUCAUCCUGCCGGCCUCUCAGGUUGCUGCUCUGGCUCCACCACCUGCUGCUUCUGGCAUCGGAUUUGAACCAUUUGGGACCACGAACCCGCCAGCAUGGGGCAUGGCACCACCGCAGCCACCAGCAGCAACCCAACCUUCAGAUCCCCCACCUGCCUAUGGAGCUUAUGCAAUGUACCCUCCUUUGACAGAUUUUGGCAAUACAUAUUAGUGAUGGGACUGUGAAGAGAGUGGGCAGAUACUAUCUGUCACAAUACAGUGGCCUUCUUUUUUAUGUGUUUGUAUGGCUUUUGUUAGAGCUACAGUAUAUUUACCUCCGUAAGAAGACUAAGCUUCUUCUUGUGCUACAGGGCAUUUGUUUUCUCAAACUGAGAUUUGUCUUAUAGAACUCUGGUCGGAGUAAACCUCCACUAUGGCCGCUCCACGUUCCGUAGCUCCCUUCUCCUUUAUGCAGGGAGAGCUAAGAUAAAAUAUGUUGCAUCAUUUCAAAGUAAUAUUUUCUGUGUGAUCUCACUAUAGUAGUUUACUUUAUUUACUUCUUUUCUAUUUCUGCAUCUUUUCUGUUACAUUCAUUAAGGCUGGCAUUCAGAUAAUAUUGAAUAAGAAACAUACAAUAUGUGUUUAUCAAACUGGUGGUACGAACUUUAAAACUUGAAGGAUCCAGCAUAUUUCAAGGUCGACUCAUACGAGUGACUGAAAGUCACAAUAUCUCUACCUCUGCUGCUUGGACCAGUCUCAAUGACCGGUCUCCCUUUCAAACCUCCCAAUUGUAGGAAAUUGCAGUACUUUGCAGCUGUAUUGCAUCCCAAGUUAUGUGACAUAAAAUCCACCAUAUUUGUUGACUGUUUUUCAUUUUCUUUUGUUAUAUUCUUAUGAUGUGUAAUAAUGGAAUGGAUCUAUCUAGAAUUGUCCAUUUCUCUGUCCUGUUUUCACUGAACUUUUCUUUUGCAUUAAAAUAUACCUCAGUCACUGCGCA